AUGCCUCAAGCUCCAGUUCUCAAAUUAAAUAGUGGUCACGAAAUUCCUCAAAUUGCUUUAGGAACACUUGAUGCUCAUAAUAUUGAUGCGGUUAAUGCUGUGAAAGCUGCUUUUGCCUCAGGCUAUCGUCAUAUUGACACUGCAAUGUUUUACGAAAAUGAGAAGGAAGUUGGCCAGGCUAUUGCAGAAUCAAUGAAAGAGUACAAUCUUAAACGGGGAGAUAUUUUUGUGACUUCUAAACUCUGGUGCGAUCGACAUGAUCCGAAAGACGUUAAAAGAUCAUGUGAAGAAACGUUGAAAGAUCUCGGUCUUGAAUAUCUAGAUCUCUAUCUCAUUCACCUUCCCGUUUCAUUCAAAGUCUUAGAUGGUUACGUUUUUGAUUUAAACAAUCGGGAUGUACUAAUUUAUGAGAAUCACAAGCUGGAAGACACGUGGAGAGAAAUGGAAAAGUUGGUUUCAGCUGGACUGGCAAAGUCUGUUGGCGUGUCAAACUUCAACAAACGCCAAAUUGAGCGUAUCAUCGAGCAUGGAAAGAUGGUGCCAGCUGUUAAUCAAAUUGAAGUGCAUCUUCACUUUCUUAACACCAAGUUGAUUGAAUUCUGUCAAUCGAAAGGCAUUCAGGUUGAAGCUUAUGCUCCUUUUGGCUCCCCUGAUAAUCACUGUGGUAUGCGUUAUUCUAGGGAAAACGUUAAGUCUCUGUUUGAACUGGAGGCUGUUGUUGAGAUCGCGAAUAAGCACAAAGUUACUCCUGCCCAAGUUCUGAUUCGUCAUGGUCUGCAAAGAAAUUUGGUUGUUAUCGCCAAGAGUGUUACUCCCGAGAGAAUUCGGACAAACUUUGAUGUUUUUGGUUUCGAGCUGACUAAUGAGGAGAUGGACAAGCUUAACAAUUCUGGUAUGAACAUUCGCCUGUUCAAGGUACCAUCAAUUGCCCAGCAUCCUGAAUAUCCUUACAAUGAUGAAUUCUAA